AUGGAUCAAUUAAUUGGUACAACGGUGAAUGGCUACUAAUUCAUAAAGCAAUUGGGAACUGGAUCUAUGGCUGAGUAACAAUCUCAAUUAUUUAAAAGCAUCUAUCUUGUGUAGGACAAGACCUCACAACUCAAUUAUGUGGCUAAAGUUUAUACUUGUCUUAAUAGUGAUAUUAGAUGUCACAAUGAGGCCAUCAUCCUUGAAAAGUUGAGCCAUCCAAACAUAAUAACAAUAAAAAGGAACCAGCAAAUAAAGUUACAGGGGGAUCAAGGAGAAAUGAAUAGUUUGAUUUUGGAAUAUUUGGAAAAGGGCGAUUUAUUUGAAUUCAUAGCUAAGUCUGGUCAUUUUGGGGAGAGUCUGUGUCGCUAUUACUUUCGGUAAUUGGUUUAGGUGGUUGAUUUUAUACAUAAGAAUGGAUUUGUUCAUCGGAAUUUAAAAUUAGAGUCAAUAUUAUUAGAUAGAAAAUUUAAUCUAAAAUUAUGCAAUUUCUCUUGUGCGCAACAUCAGAAUAAAUAUAAGGACGGUAAAUUGAAGACCAAAGUGGGAACUGAGAAUUACUAGGCACCUGAAGUGUUGUAUGGUGCAGUAUACAAUGGAGUGAAGGCAGAUGUGUUUUCUUUGGGAGUGAUAUUGUUCAUCAUGUAUAAGGGUUAACCCCCUUUUUUGAAAGCUAAUUAAUAGGAUGCUCUAUUCAAUUUGAUAAUUCAGGAGGACUACAAAUAAUUUUGGGAGAUUCAUUCUUAGAAGAAGAUUGAAUUUCACUUUGAUUUCAAGUAUUAAGUAAUUUAAGGCGAGGGAACUCUUCCUGAGAAUGGUCAAUCCGAACCCGGAUAAGCGAUUCAGUAUGGAGGAGGUGAAGAAUUCGAUGUGGUCUGA